GAUCGUGUUCCUGCCAUUUGGAUUCUUCCUUGCUGAAUGAAACUCAGCCAAUAGAUCCUCAUAGCAAUACUCCUGGGAGUUAAGUUGGGAAAUAUGAGUGGGCAUGUAAGAGCAAAAUCCAAAUCUGCAGGAAGAAGAAAUGACGGAGAGUCUUCCCAGCCGAUUAGACCUCUGGUUGCUCAGCAGCCCAGUGAUAAACAACCUCACCUAGAAGAACCACAAACUGAGAGUCAGGAUAUUAUACCUGCUUAUGACAUUGAAGAUGAAGAAGCAUCUGUAGCUCAAAGGGCUGAUAUGGAAGCUGAUCAAUAGAAACUGGUUCUCUUGGAGACUGUGGAUGAGCCUGGAGGUGGUCCUGAUGUCAAGAAGGAGAUUCUACCAAGUCUAGAGCCUGUUAAAAUGCCAGAAGCUGGUGAAGGACAACCACAGAUUUAA